GUGCGCAGGCUCGGCUCGGCUCCGCACACCCCAUCAUGGCGCUGCGGCGGCCGGAGCUGCUCCGGCUCCUGCUCCUGUCCCUGCUCGGCUGCAGACUCUUGGCUGUGGAGCUGACAUCCAGCAACACCAAGCCCGUGGUGCAGGAAUUCCAAAGUGUUGAGCUGUCCUGCAUCAUUAAAUCCACGGUGACGCCAGAUCCCAGAAUCGAGUGGAAGAAGAUCCGGGAUGGAGAAACCUCUUACGUGUUUUUUGACAACAAAAUGCAGGGAGACUUUGCGACCCGGGCAGAGAUUCUGAGCAGGACAUCCCUGGUGAUCAAGAACACCACGAGGAUGGACACGGCCACGUACCGCUGCGAGGUGGCCGCGCCCUCCGACACCAAAACCAUCGAUGAGAUAAACAUCCAGCUCACAGUCCAAGUGAAACCCAUGACUCCCAGAUGCUCUGUGCCUAAAGCUGUCCCUGUUGGCAAGUCAGCCUCUCUUCACUGCCACGAGAACGAAGGUUUCCCCAAGUCCACCUACAGCUGGUACCGCAACAGCGAACCUCUGUCACCCGACAGCAAAUCCAGCACCAAAUCCCACAACUCCUCCUACACCCUGAACCCCGCCACAGGCACUCUGGUUUUCCAUGCAGUGCACAAAGGUGACACAGGUCGUUACUCCUGCAUAGCAACAAACGACGCUGGCUUUGCCAAGUGUGAGGAGCAGGAGAUGGAAGUCUAUGACCUCAAUAUCGGUGGGAUAAUCGGGGGAGUGCUGGUGGUCCUGGCAGUCCUGGUGCUCAUCACUUUUGGGAUCUGCUGUGCCUACAGAAGGGGAUACUUUGCAAAUGGCAAAGAGAGUGGGGAAAGCUACAAGACUCCAGCAAAGCCUGAUGGCGUUAACUAUAUCCGGACAGAUGAUGAGGGUGACUUCAGACACAAGUCUUCAUUUGUCAUCUAAGACGCCAAAAGGAAAGUGCAAACCAGCAAAAAGCAAGUGUGAAAAUACCUCCUCCAGGAACUCAAAGCAAGAGCAAAAGAUUAAUUAAGUGCGCUUGGAAGAGUUUGGAACACACAAGAACUCGAUAGCUAGCUAUCUGUAUAUCUCUUUUUUUUUUUUCUUUGCCAAAGUUUAAAGUAACUCCUCACUGCCCAACUCGCGUCUCCCCUGCCUCCGGAGAUACCAACAGGAUCACCCAAACCUGUCCUUGGACUAAGGAAAGGUUUUAAUCCAACUUCCCAAGAGACUGGGCUGUGGAAGUUCGUGGAAUUGCCUUCUCUUUGUGCUGCAGGGACACAGCCACAAGGUGCAAGCCAAGCGGGGGCACGGCGUUAGGUAAACGUGUAGUAGGCAUCGCCGGUAAUGUGUUACUAGUGGACGCAAACAAGGUGCUGAUGCAGCAGUAGAUGGACUUCCAAGAGUGAGAUUUGGGAGGGGAUUUCCUCCCAGCAGCUCAUUGCCCAGGCCUGGCUGGUGACUUUGCCACAUCUUGUGCUCGGCUCUGACUGCUCAGGUGCACGGGGCGGGGUGUCUGUGCCCGGUGCCCAGCCAGCGGUGACAGUGAAAACACCACCAAAUGCCCUCAGCCCUCCCGUGACCGGCCCCAAACGCUGUUAUUUAACGCCGCCCCCCAGGGCAGGGGCACUGCCUCUGCUCCCUGCUGGGCAGGGCUCAUUGCACGCAGGUAACCCCUCCUUGUAAUCUGCACAAAGCAGGCUUGGCUCCUGCGUCCUUCCGCGGGGAAAGAGGCUUAGAGGCGAGGCAGAGAACCAGUGCUAAGACAUCCCUUUCAGGAAAAUUAAAGCCAAAUAAUUUCCUGGGCUAAGAUUGCCAUAAAAGGUACCGAGAGAUCCUCCAGCUUUUUUUACCUUCUCCGUUUAUUUUGUAGAGCCCCACCUUCCAAAUUUUUUUUGCAAAGAUCUAUUUUGAUUACUUCAGAAAAGGUAACAUUUCUAUUUAAACGUGUAAAUACGUGAUGCCAGCGGUGUUUGAGUAACGGAGCUAUUUUUUUACUGUUGAAGCGACGAGAGAGGAGCUCACACACGUUGCUGUAGUGUGGCAGUGUCAGAGCAUAUCAGUAUUAGUGCAAAGUGUAACAAAAAGCUGCAGGUGGAACAGCACCUCUUUCCUCUUCAGCCAGCUUCAGCCAUUUCCUUGUAACAAGAGGUCUUACCAGACACAGAACAGAGUCACUCAGGGAUAGUUUUUUGUAAAUUUAUGGCAGGAGCCAUCAGCCUUUUUUAUAUGAAAAAAAAAACCAAACUUUUCUUGCCGGUGACCAACACUUUGUUUUUUGUCGUUGCAAGAAAUACCCAGGGAUGGCUUUUGGACUUGGUUCCAAAGAGGUGACAGAGUGACUUCAGUGCUUGCUGCCCCUCUGCAAGUUCCCUAAAGCACUAACACAGUGUGACAGCUACAGCAGCGUGGCAGGUUUAAACCACACGGCCAAGGCCGCUGUUUCCUGGGGUUGGGAAAGCAAAAAGCUCGACACAAGAGCACUUGUAUAGUGUCAGCUGGAAUUUUUAUCUAGAUGGUAAAG